AUGAAUGAAAAAAUAAAAUGGAACAACAAGAGAACAUGUAAAAUAUAUGGAAAUAAGUUAAAAGACCUUGAACAACACAAAAAAGAUUUUACACUUUUUUAUAUAACUGAUUUAUUAAAUAUAAUUUAUAAUACAUAUAAAAGUAUAAAACCAGUUUAUAUUCAUUUUAUAUGUUCAAAAAAAAAUGAAAAUCUUCAUCCUAAAAAAAAUAAUUUAAUUUAUUAUACUCCUAAUUCUAUUUUAGAGCAAUAUUUUCCUGAGUAUUUCCAAAAUGUUUAUUUUUUAUGUGCUCAUUAUACAAUAUGGGAGAAUAAAAUAAAUGAAAAUAGAAAUGAUACAUAUCAAAAUUAUGCUAAUAAAAAGGAACAUAAUGAACACAAAUUGAAUAACUUGAAUGAAAAUGAUACUAGUCAAAAUAAUGAAAAUAAAGAAACUUUUUACUUUAUUUUUACCUUUUAUAUGGAACCCAAUUUUAUAUGGGAAGAAAUUAAUAUCCCAAUAUUUCAUGAAAGGGGAUAUAUUGAAUGUAAAUUUGAUUCAAUAGAUAACCUAAUGAAAAUAAAUAGUUUUGUAAAUUUGUCAGAUAAUUUAAGAAUAUAUACAUAUAAUAAGACAUUAAUUCAAUAUAUUUUUGAUUUAAGUAAUAAUAAUAAUAUUACAUGUGAUAAUUCCAAUAUUAAUAAAAAUAAAGAAGAUUGCAAUAAUUUCAAAAAUGUGCAUUUGUUGCCAUUUUUUAUAUCAACUGAUUAUUUGCAUAAAAACUGUAAAAUAUGCAAAACAAGGGUUAUAAGUUUUAAUGAAAAAGAUAUAUACUGUAAGAUUGAUGAAGAGGAAAAUCUUCCUAAAAGUAUUUUGCUAUUCAUGAGAAAAAAAUUAAAUACAAAAUUAAAGAGUAUUGAAAAAGAAGCAGCGAAAGAAGAAAGAGAAAGAGAAAGAGAAAGAGAAGUAAAAAUGUUUAAUAAUCAAAAUAGCAUAAAAAAAAAGGUAAAAAAUUAUGAUGACGAUUAUUUCAUUGGUUUAAAUUAUACGAAGGUAAAACAAAUUAUAAAUUUGACUGAUGAUACUUUUAAAAACUACUUUUCUGAUCAAGAACUAGAAAAUGUCCUUUUAAUGAUGAAUAAAAAUAAUUAUUCAAAAAACAAAGAAAAUGCUUAUGUUAUUAAUGAUAAUAUUAUAAAUAUGUAUUUCGAGUUAGAUGAAUAUUAUAACUUUAUAAACAGAAACAAAAAUCAAUUCAAAAAUACACUAAGUGAUCCUUGGCAAUUGGGUAUAGAUCAUAAUAUUGGAAAUGAUAAAAAUAUAUUCGAAAAAAAAAAAAAAUUCUUAAUAAAUGAUUUUAAAAUUCAUAAGCGUUUUAAUAAAAAAAUAAAAAAAAAGAAAAAAAGAGCUGAGUAA